AUGAUAACACCGUGUAGAAAGCGAUGUGUAGAAAGCGAUUUGGAAGAAUGAGGAGCGGAUGGGGAAUAAAAAGCUGGGAGGGAGGAGAGGAAGGGUUGCCAAGGAUUGGCUGGAUGCGGGAGAGGCAUUCGUUGAAAGCGGCUGAGUGGGCUGCGACAAGGAUCAGAGCAGUCCGGAGGAAGAGCAGCCUCGGAUCUGCCUUUGCAUCUCCUGCAUCUCCUGGUCCUGCAGGACGGAUCCUCAGCCGUGAAGAGCAGCCCAAGGAUCUGCCUCGGCGUUCCGUCUUCGUGAAGGAGAACGUCUGGAGACAACCAGGAGGACACUCGAAGUUCUAGACCACGUCUCCUUCCCUGGGACGAAUCCUGAGCCUGGACCAGCCUGGAGAAGCGUCCUAGGAGUCCUCCAGGUUGGGUCUCCACACCAUGGCUGAUGAGGAGAUGGAGGACUUUGAGGUGGACACGUCCCGGAGGAGGCCGGGGCUCCCGCCGUACGACAUGGAGGACCAUCUCCUGCCCUUGGAGCGCCGCGGGACCGGUGGUUGUUGCCUGUGGGCCUUGCUGGUGGUGGCCAUGAACUCCUUGGUCCUCCUCUUGAACUUCUUCUUGAUGGUCUCCAUCUUGGCCGUGGUCCUCCUGCCAACCAUCGUGGUGGUCUUCUUUGGAUUCCAGUGUCACUCCCGGGUGCUCCACUCCUCGGCCUCCUACUGCCAGGCCCUCCUGGACGACAGCAGCUCCUCCGCCUUGAUCAUCCUGGGCUUCGUCCUCAUGUCUCCGCUCAUGGUGCUGGGUAUGGUGGCCUAUUGCCGGCUGGCGCGGCGCCUCCGCCUCUUCAUGUGCUUCCAGCCCUGCGCCCGGGCCACCUACAAGGGGGUGAAGUGGCCCUGGUGCGAAGAAGGCAGGGGGUGGAGCAGCCAGCUCAAGGCCUGGGUCUAACUCCGUGCGGUGGAAGCCCCGAGAAACUCCAUCCGUACUUAAAGUUACAUUGGGCGAGCUUCCUCUGGAUGCACCGUGGCUGGGGUUGAGUGUCCUCUCUGGCUGUAGGGUGAACUGCUUCUCCUAAACCCUUCCAGUAAUCAAAUCCCGGCCACAGGGGGGAGCUGCUGCUUCACCGUCCACUUGUGACACCCGAGCCCUUGAUGGUAGUACUUCCUCAUUCCUUUCCAGUUUUUAUGGUGUCAUGAAUCAAGUUAAAUUAGCCUCCCCGCAUAAAGCAGUACCUACAUUUCCUACUCAACAGAUGCAACUGUCGUUGGGGACAGCAAGCUAGGCUACUAACAGUCGGGAGCUCAAUCCGACCCGGGUUUCGAUCCCACGACUUAUCGGUCAGUGGUGAUUUAUUGCAGCUGGCUACUAACCAGCUGCACCACAACCUGGCCUGGCUUACUUGUUAAUAACAUUAACAAAUGAGUCUGCAACGGGGCCCUUCGUUGCAAUGUUGUGUAUCAUUUUGUUGACCAACGGGUCGACUAGCAUUAAUUUUGUGGCUCUGGUUGACCAUUAACUUCCUCUGCCGUUUCCAUCUGGCUUUGUUGCUUCGGUACAAAUGGCUGUUGCCCAUCGGUAUGUCGAGUAAACAAACAAACAAAUAAAAUGAUUACAUUUA